CAGCUCCAGGACAGAGAGAACCUUGAUAUAUGCUGGAGAGCGGAAAGCUGCAUCACAGAGAGAGCUGGAGCCGCCUUGUCCUGCCUUCUCCCACGGUCUGCUCAAAGCUGAGGAAAUAACAGCUCGACAACAUGUGCAAAGGAUUAGCAGCCUUGCCACACACAUGUCUGGAGAGAGCAAAGGAGAUCAAGACCAAGUUGGGCACGCUUCUCCAGAAGCCUGACUCGGCUAUUGACCUGAUCAUCCCAUAUCCAGAGAAGCCGGAGAAGCCAGCCAAGGCCCAAAAGACCUCGCCAGAUGAGGCUUUGCAGUGGCGUGAGUCCCUGGAGAAACUCCUGCAAAAUGCUUAUGGGCUUGCCAGCUUCAGGAGCUUCCUUAGAUCUGAGUUCAGUGAGGAGAACAUUGAGUUCUGGAUUGCCUGUGAAGAAUACAAGAAAAUCAAGUCCCCCACCAAGAUGGCUGAGAAGGCCAAGAAAAUUUAUGAGGAGUUCAUCCAGACGGAGGCACCUAAAGAGGUGAAUAUCGACCACUGCACCAAAGCUGUGACCAUGAAGAAUUUGGUGGAGCCAUCAGUGAGCAGCUUCAAUGAGGCUCAGAAGCGGAUCUUUGCCCUGAUGGAGAAGGACUCCUUGCCCAGAUUUGUGCGGUCAGAGUUUUAUCAAGAGUUAAUCAAGUAGCAAUGUAGCAAGCCUGUGCACUGCAUCCCCUGCUAGGCACUCACUGUGAGCCAUGCCUCUUUCCAAAUCCCACCUUUAGUCUAUAGCUGCUUUGCCUUAAAGAUACCAAACUGAGAAAGCACUCAACUGCAUUGCUAAACUCCUUCCACAUUGUUUUGGACUUUCUCCUAUGUGCCACAUGUCUCCUUUUCUACAGUCUCUUUCCCUGCUCUCUUCCCAAGAUCCCUGUUAUGAAAAAGCCCUAGUGAUUUUACCCAUUGGUCUUAGACUGCAUUACUGAGAGUCAUCUUGGCAGCUAGUUGACAGCAAGCUUCACCAGAGUAGUUCCAUGGAGAUGCAAAGGAGGCUUGCAGGAGCCUUGGCACUCAUCUGGUACGCAGGGCUGUGGCCUGUAAAGCUUAUAGGUCCUAGGUCUUGUCCACACUACAGAGUUUUGUCAACAAAAGUUAUGCUGUCAUACAGCAACUGCUUUAAUUAAAAUGCUGUUGCAUGUCCAGACUAUGCCCUUGUGUUGGCAGAGCGCAUCCACACUACCAGCUCUUGCAUCAACACACAGAACAGUGCACUGUGGGUAGCUAUCCCUCUGUGCAACUGGCCGGAGGGUGCUUUGGGAUGGGUUUGCAAUGCCUCAUGGGGCAGGCACAGCAUUACAUGAUGUAAGUUUCUCGUUCCAUGGGCACCCUACUAGAUUGCCACCUGCUUUUCAACUAAAGUGUGGGGGGAUGGGAGAGUGU